GCAGGAUCCAACACGGGUUACUAUUACCCACUAUUACCACCUUCUUGCAAGGUUCGCAAUCAGUGAGGUCUUGAGGAAGUGGUAGAUCUGAAGUCAACGUGCCCAGACGGGAAGAUGAGUAAAAAGGCUCUGCUUCUUCUGGCCGCAGGCGCGGAGGAGAUGGAAGCAGUCAUUACCAUUGAUGUACUGCGAAGAGCCGGGGUGGCGGUGACGGUGGCCGGCCUGCACGGCCCCGAGCCGGUCAAGUGUAGCCGCGGCGUGACGCUCGUGCCCGACGAGGCACUGGAGGCGGCUGCCAAGGGCGGUCCGUACGACGCCGUUGUCCUGCCGGGCGGCCUGGAGGGCGCUCGCAGCCUUUGCAAGUCUGACCUGGUGAAGACGGUACUGAAGGAGCAGGAGGCGGCCGGCCGGCUGAUCGCCGCCAUCUGCGCCGCGCCUACCGCCCUUAAAGCGCACGGCGUCUGCACCGGCCGUGCCCUCACCAGCUACCCCAACUUCAAGGAGGAGCUGUUGGAGGGCGGCCAGUACAUCUACGUGGAGGACCGAGUGGCCAUUGACG